CACAAAUUCAUAAAUUUCUAAAUCCUUGCCCAGUAAACGCUUGCCGGAACCACGUUCAGAUCGGUAUCCCCUACCAUUUUGUGUUUUAGAUCGCUAAUGCGGCGACUUUCUCUGUGGCUUCAGUUUGUUUCAAGGAGCGGUUCAUGUAUGUUACAUUUUUACUUUUUGUCACGCAUAACGUAUUGUUUUAUUUCAACUACGCAAAUAAAAGAUAUGCGAGGAAACCGUUUCUUUAGAGAGUUUGAAGCUCUCGAAGCUGAUGAGGUAUUUCAACUUAUUGAAGAGAUACCAUCCGGAGAAGAAUCAGAAGCUUCCGAAAUAGAUUCAGAUGAUGAUGGACGAGUGGAUGAACCUUCCGAUGAUACCAAUGAUGAAUCAUUUGUUAUUGAAGAUGAUCUUCAAGAAAUACAAAAUACUGGGGAAAAUGAAGACACUGGUACGGACAUUGAAAUAGAAUCAAGUAAUCAAGAAUCAAGUGAAGACGAAACUAGAGUCAAUAAUAGGAAAAGAAAACGAACAAAAAAAUACAAGACACAAAUACAAAAAACAAAGGUAAAAAGAAACCUAAGAAUGAAGAAAAGGUCGUUGUGUGGUGCGAUGAUUCAAAAAAAUUGGUAAGAGUCCUUCAGUUUUUAUAAGUGAUGUAGGUCCUAAUGUACC